AUGUCCGACGGCUCUGACGCAACAAACGUCAUGUUGUUCGGACAGGAGGAGAGUUUACAUCAGCAGGUUCUUGCCUCCUUCCCUCUGUGUGACAUGACCAAGGAAGAUUUGACCCAGAACCCACAGUUCUGCAAACUGCUGGCUGCUCUGACUCAACAUGUGGACAAAACUGGACUCACUGUCCCUCUGAAAACAGAGCUGGAGAAGGUAGAGCAGAAGCUACAGAACCAGAAGCGCCAGUGGCUUCGCUCUGAGAGCCUCUACAGAGGACUGCAGGAGAUGAUCCAGGACCACUGUGUCAGGAAGCACCAAGCCACUGACCCCCCUGAUCAGAACACGUUUUAUGAAACGUUGCAGAGGUGUCUGCUGGUGGCUAAGGGUGUCAGACAGUUGGAUCCCAGCAGCACCACAAACCAGGACCAGCCUCUUGUACUGGGCCUGACCCCCCAACAGGUGAUGGAGCUGAUGCCUGCCAAGACGAAUGUGCAGAGAAUGAAGCCGGUUCUGCUUGGACAGCUGGAGAAACAUCUGAAGGAGAAGUGUCUGAGCCUCCUCUCUUACUAUCAGCCUGAAUGGGAGAAGGAGAGCGAGAGUCUGAAGACCAACAAGCUGCUUCAUGUUUCAGUGCAGCUGGGUAAAGAGAAGAAGGAAGCUGAAACCCUGAAGGAGACGUGUCGAGAAAACACAGUCCUCCUGCAACGACAGACGCAGCUCUAUCUCUCUGAGCUGAUUAAGUGCAUUCAUCUUCUUCAGUCUGUCAUCUUGGACCACAAGCUGAAGGUCCAAACAGAUCUGGACAGGAAGAAAUUGGAUUACUUUGAAGGCAAAUGUGAAUUAGUCUUACAGAAGAUAAAAACUGAGAUGGUGAAACUUCAGCUGGACACGUACACCACUGACACAAUUUCUGCUCACAGAAAAAUAAGGGAGAAGUUGGAGUUGGAGCUGAAGUCCAGUAAAGAGGAACAGCAGGCUGCCGAGGUGAAACUAUCGUCCUUUAAGAUUCUGGGCGGAGAGUUUGAGGUUCUGGCCAACGAGUACUGUAGGUUACGGCAGGAGAUCGACAUCAGGAAGUGGGCUUUGAAGGAACUGAGCCACUACAAGAAGAAGUAA